AGACUUCGUUUGUUGACUUUUUCCUCGUCGACCAUGGAGCGAUCACCAGCGACUUCCAAUCUUUCCCAAGUGAAGCACAUUAUUCUCGUUUUGUCGGGCAAAGGAGGCGUGGGAAAGAGUACGGUAUCAACUGAGCUCGCCCUUUCCCUUGUCGAACUGGGGAAGAAAGUUGGUGUUCUCGAUAUUGACCUUACGGGUCCCAGCAUUCCUCGUAUGUUUGGGCUCGAUGGACAACAAGUACAUCAAGCGUCGACAGGAUGGAUUCCAGUAUAUGCCGACGAAACGAAACGCCUCGCGGUCAUGUCGCUGGGUUUUUUGCUACAAAAUAAAGACGAUGCGGUAGUAUGGAGAGGACCGAAGAAAACAGCAAUGAUCAAGCAGUUUUUGGAAGAUGUGGCGUGGGGCGAACUGGAUUAUCUUCUGAUAGAUACACCACCAGGAACUUCUGAUGAGCAUAUUUCGGUUGCCGAGAACUUGCGGCAGUAUAAUCCAGACGGAGCCGUUGUUGUAACAACACCCCAAGCCGUUUCUCUCGCAGAUGUGCGAAAAGAGUUAAAUUUUUGUCGCAAAGUUAAGAUUCCGGUUUUAGGCGUAGUAGAAAACAUGAGUGGAUUUGUGUGCCCGCAUUGCGCGGAAUGUUCAGAUUUGUUUUCAAAGGGCGGGGGUGAAGCAAUGGCAGAGGAGUUCAAGGUGGAUUUCCUAGGACGAGUACCCAUUGAUCCGACGUUGACGACAUUGAUCGAAGCCGAGGGUGGCAGCUUCGUCAAUCGUUUCACUCAAUCCUCCCUGUAUCCGAUAUUUCAAAAGAUUACGGAAAAGGUCACUGACAAGUGCGAAUCUUCCUCGUAAUGCGAUACAUUGUUCGCCUUAGUUUGAGAGUAUUGGAAGUAUUCGUAUUCAUGAUCAUAGUCGUGGGUAGAGGUACAUGGUAGCUACAACACCUAUUGCAUUUUGAUGGACGGACCAACCCGAGGCAAUGUAACAACCAUUCAGCUCCAGAGUUUACCCGACUUGAAUUGUUUACUGGUCUGAUGUUUCAAUGUAUUUACAGCAAUAUAUAGAUGACAGAAAAUUAAAUAAAAAGCAGCUUCGUCUAUGUCAGGACCGU